UCUGGAAGGUCUCCUCCACAAGAUCGUCAUCCCCAGGGGCAGAGAUCCUCAAGGGAAGACUCUGCCCUUUGAAUCCGGUCAUGGAAGGAUGCUAGCAGGCUGUGGGCCAGGAACUCACAGAAAUUAUAAACCGUCUGUGAAGAAGGAAUCAGUCCAUCUGAAGAGUGUGUUGAAGGGAAAAGUAAAACGAAGCAAGACAUGGAGCUGCCGCAAGGGGACGAAAUGGAGGGAGGGGACGAAGAAGAGAAGAAAAUCAGGCCUCAGCCUCAAAAUAUGGGAUUUGGAAUGGACCGAUAGAUCAUUGCUGGAAGAAGAGGAAGGUCUUGAGUUUAGUCAUCUACUCAUCUUUGUAGGAAGCCUAUUCUUUAUUCAAUAGGCAAAAUGAAGGACCGGCUAGAAGAGCUUCUGGAGUUGUCCAAGCGCUAUGACCAGCAGUUCCCAGACGGGGACGAUGACCUGGACUCGCCCCACGAGGACAUCGUGUUCGAGACGGACCACAUCCUGGAGUCCUUGUACCGGGACAUCCAGGACAUUCAGGACGAAAACCAGCUGCUGAUGGUCGACGUGAAGCGGCUGGGAAAGCAGAACACGCGCUUCCUCACGUCCAUGCGGCGCCUCAGCAGCAUCAAGCGCGACACCAACUCCAUCGCCAAGGCCAUCAAGGCGCGGGGCGAGGGCAUCCACCGCAGGCUGCGCGCCAUGCGCGAGCUGAGCGAGGCGGCCGAGGCCCAGCACGGGCCGCACUCGGCCGUGGCGCGCAUCUCGCUCGCGCAGUACAACGCGCUCACCCUCACCUUCCAGCGCGCCAUGCACGAGUACAACCUGGCCGAGAUGAAGCAGCGCGACAACUGCAAGAUCCGCAUCCAGCGCCAGCUGGAGAUCAUGGGCAAGGACGUCUCGGGCGACCAGAUCGAGGACAUGUUCGAGCAGGGCAAGUGGGACGUGUUCUCCGAGAACCUGCUGGCCGACGUGAAGGGCGCGCGGGCGGCGCUCAACGAGAUCGAGAGCCGCCACCGCGAGCUGCUGCGGCUGGAGAGCCGCAUCCGCGACGUGCACGAGCUCUUCCUGCAGAUGGCAGUGCUGGUGGAGAUGCAGGCCGACACCCUGAACGUCAUCGAGCUCAACGUGCAGCAGACGGUCGACUACACCGGCCAGGCCAAGGCGCAGGUGCGCAAGGCCGUGCAGUACAGGAAGAAGAACCCCUGCCGGACCCUCUGCUGCUGCUGCUGCCCCUGCCUCAACUAGCCCGGAGCUCACCUGGCAGCCUCCGCCCCCGCCGCCCCCAGCCCCGACUGGGACCGCCCGGGAAGCACGCUAGAAAAGCCCACCAGAGCCGGGCCUCUGCACUGGGCCAGUCGCCCCAGCUCCUUGGGGAGCUCAGUCUUUAGGGAAAGAGGAAACACGAGGUUCAAGAAUUCCAGCCCAGCUGGUGCUUGGAAAGAUAGGUGAUACCUUCCCGUGGUUCUUCAGUAAAGCCAGAUUGCUGCCAAAGUUGUGUGAAGUCAUUAUAGACACACUGGACUCCUACCCUCUCCACAGAAGCCAAAUAAGGAACUGACGGGUUAAUGUCCAAGGCGGGCCUCCUUAAAGACUCAAGGAGGAAAGUACUUUUGCAUCCGCAUAAUAGCAUGAACUCAUCAUCAAAACUUCAAUUUGUUUACCCUGUCCUGAAGGUUCCUUGGGUCGGUUCAAAUUUGAGUGAAACUGACCUUGGAAAAACCUUUACGUCCCUUCUUUCUGACUCUUCAUAUAGUUUAUGGCUGCUAUGUGAUUUCCCCCUAAUGUAGACCUUCUUUUUGCUCACCUCCCCUACUUACUAAAUCACAUUGCACACUUCCUAUUUUCUUAUCUCUUUCACUUUAAAUAUCUUUCAGCAGAUUAUAUUUUGGGAUUAUUUUUCCAAAUAUUUUUAAGCACUGAAUAUUGAACAAGCACUCCAGAUUGAAGUAUGUAU